AUGGCUCCCGCUCGCAAGAGGACUACCAACAUCGCGCGUCGCAGGCGAACAGAUGACGAGGAUGAGAACCAGUCGGUGGCAACCCUCGCCGACGACUCGCAAAGCGACGCUUCCCUGCUGAGCGAUGUCGACGAGGACGCCGACGCCGACAACAGCGACCUCAGCGAAGUCGACAGUGCGCCCUCGCUCACACAAGGAAAGCCCAAGCGGAAAGCAAAUGGCGCGCGUGAUGCCAAGUCCAGGCCAGAUGCCAGCAAUCGUCAACCUUCCCCGCCCAUCGCCCGCUCCGAUGUUGCCUUCUCCACCAUGAAAGAGACGGAAAUCAUGAUGAACGGUCUGAAGAUUGGAGAGGAUGGGAAUGAGGCUGAAGUAGUCGAUUUCGAGACGGGCGUGGCAGCGGUAGACGCCGCACCCGCCGUGGGUGCGCCUCAGUCGCGGACAGAGACGCUGGCCGAGCGGCGGCGGCGGGAGCAUGAGGAAUACAAGAAGAAGCGCGACUCCGAUCCGGCCUUCAUACCCAAUCGUGGCGCCUUCUUCAUGCAUGACCAGCGGCAUGCGCCCGGUCAGAAUGGCUUUAGGCCCGCAGGCCGUGGACGAGGGCGGGGCGCUCCCAUCGGCGGGCCAUUUUCUCCAGCAAACAUGAGGCCGCAGCCACAGGAAGCCACAGACUCGCCCUGGCAGCACGAUCUCCACGAAACCGUCAACGCGCCCGGCUCUCACGCACAGCCUGGACUACCUCCAGCUGCAUCGAAUGCCCCCCUGUUCGCGUCAAGGGUACCCCCAGGCCCCAGUCAGAAGCCUCCACAAGCUCGAAACUUCUCUACUACGGUGCACACACACAACGCCAUGGUACGCGUCUUCUUGCCCAACAUGAAGGGCUCUAUACACUUUCAGAACGUCCCCAUCAAGUCGCACACUCGUCUCCCCAACCACCGACCGCCCCUACGCCGCGAUAAGCCAGUUCGUAUAUCUUUACCCCCGGCCCCACCGCGAUACAUUUUCCCGACCACAGAGCGUUCCUUCAUCUUCAUACCAAGGGCACUUCGGCCCAACCAACAGGGCUUUGGUCGGGGUCGCGGCCGAUUCGGGUCCUUUGGCGGAGGCUUCUCAAGCAGACGUACAAGCGCAUACGGAGGCAGUGUGUACUCACCCAGUGUAGCAAUGAGUAGGAGGUCUUCUAUUGCACGCGAGAUGGGUCGGGACAAUCUGGUCUCUCCGGCCGGCUCUAUCAUGUCACGCAAUGGUGGCUUUAUGGAUCCUAGUCGUCCUGUUGUACGCCUCCCGCCUGGCGGUCCUAGAAUGCCCAACGGGCCGUCAAUGAUCUCGCCUACGAACGGUGCUGUACAGCCACCUUAUCCUCUCCCGCAGAAGCCGACUUUCCGUGAGAAUUGGCAAGGUCAGCUUCCCAUGCAUCAGCCCCGCCCACAGAAGACUGUUUCUGUUGCUGGCAUCGAGUCGCCCGCGUCCAUGAGCUUCAAUCCUCCGCAACAACAAGAGCAGCAGCCGUUUCACCAGCAAGUCCCCGCGCAUAUCAAUGGGGCUGCUCCAGCAGUCGAACAACCUUACUACCAGCAUGGACGUCAUCCUUCUUACCCAAGCCAAGUAUCAGCCGGAACUCCCAAUAUCCCCGAACGAGCCAUUCAUGCUCCCGCGUUCCAGCCUUACGCACAACCUGGCUUCCAGCCGCAAGCCUUUGUGCCACAGGGCUACUACUACCCACAAAGCGGUGCCCAGCCACAGUACAUGGCUCCUGCCGGCAUGGUGCCCAUGUUCGUUCCUGGUGCCCAGCAGCCCGGUUAUGCUAUGCCAGUGUCUGCUCCUCCUGUCGCCGCUCCACCGGCUCCUACUGGCCCGCCCAAUAUGGUCGCGUAUGAGUCUAAUGGCAUGACUUACUAUGUGGAUUCUGCUCAGCUGUACUCUGCGCCGCCAGUGGAGAAUUAUGCUCAACCCAGCUAUGCCGUUCCUGGUAUGGGGGGCAUGAUGACACCUGGCCCGGACGGCGCCUACUACUACCCUCAGCAGAUGCAGCCCGCUACCUUCUAUCCGCAGCAAUAG